CCCACCGCCCGGCCAGUUCCCGCAUCGCCGGUCAGCCCCGCUCACCCCGGGCCGGGGGCCGGUCGGGGUCGAUCUGGUCCCGGGUCCCCGCUGGCGCCCCUGCCCGCUCCUCCCCGCCUCUCCUGGGCGCCCAAUCCCGGCCGCGGAGGCCGCUCCCCUCCCAGCCGCACCUGCAGCCCGGAGCCCCUAAGCCCGCAGCCGCCGCACGGAGCGCUCGGCCGCUAGCCGCGGACCCAGGUCCCGGAGCUGGGCUGCUAGAUCCUCUCCCAUCCAGAACACAGACACUCUGUUGUUGGGUAUUUCAUGAGGGCCCUUCUUCAACAGCAGGUGAGAGCGUGACUUGCCCGUAAGCCAUGUCGGUGAUGGCCGUGCAGAUGGGGGGCCUGGCCCUCUCGGUGUUGGGCUGGAUAGGCACCUUUCUGACCUGUGCGCUGCCCAUGUGGAAGGUGACAGCCUUCAUCGGCUCCAACAUCGUCGUGGCCCAGGUGUUCUGGGAGGGGCUGUGGAUGAACUGUGUGUACGAGACCACAGGCCAAAUGCAGUGCAAGAUCUACGACUCGCUGCUGGACCUCUCCGCGGACCUCCAGGUAGCCCGCGCCCUGGUUGUGGUCUCCAUUUUUGCAUCCUUCUUUGCCUUCCUUUUUGCCUUCUUUGGGGCCGAGUGCACCAGGUGCGUCGAUGACAAGGAAGUCAAGGUCAAGAUUUCCAUUACCGCCGGGGCUGUCUUCAUUCUGGCUGGGAUUGUGCUGCUCAUCCCCGUGUCCUGGUCGGCCAACACCAUCAUCAGCAACUUCUACAACCCCAUGGUGCCAGAGGCUUUAAAGAAGGAGCUGGGGGCUUCCCUCUAUGUGGGCUGGGCCUCAAGUGCCCUCUUGGUGUUUGGGGGGGGCAUCCUGUGCUGCUCCUGCCCCCACAGCCAAGAGGCACCAUACCCCAUGAAGUAUAAAAUGGUGAAGCACUCCAGCCUGGGGAGCUAUGCCCUUAAGAACUACGUGUGAGGGGCCCUGCCUUGCCCUCCCUGGAGACCCCACUCCUGCCCCGGCCCAUCCCACGUGCUCAGAGAGGCCCCUUUACAGCCAUCCAAAUGGAUGUUGGCUUCAAGCCGAAGUGUGUGAAAUUUGUAGGGGUUCCCCUCCCAGUCCAGAUCCUGCCCCACAUGUAUCCUCCCACCCGUAUCCCACCCCCACCUGUCUUACCUCCCUACGCAUUUCCCUGCCUGAAUCCCACCCCACCCAUCCCACCUCCCCACAUGUAUCCCCCCGCCUGCAUCCCACCUCCCGAUGUGUAUCCCACCCCACAUGUUUCCCUGCCUGAAUUCCACCCCACCAUGUGCAUCCCAGCUGCAUCCCAUCCCACCUCCCACAUGUAUCCCGCCUGCCUGCAUCCCACCCCACACAUCCCACCUCCCCACAUAUAUCCCCCCCACCUACAUCCCACCCAACCUGUCCCACCUCCUUACGUGUAUCCCCCCUGCCUGCAUCCCACCCCACCCCACACAUCCCACCUCCCAACAUGUAUCCCCCUGCCUGCAUCCCACCCCACCCAUCCCACCUCUUCA